GGCCUGAGAAAUCCUGGUUGUGUGUUCUGCCAUUGGAGGAGCUUCCGAGCUUGAUGGUUUGGAUGGCACCUUGUUCUUCUCUUCCUUCCCACUUCCCACACUCUCUUCAUCACCAAUCCACUCACCUCCCCAUCUCCACCCUCAACUUCUCAUCUGGAAACUUGUUGUUCUCCACAAGAGGUAAUCAUCUCCCAUCCAGAACCAGGUUCCAUACAAACUUUGCCAGAAGUGAUACUGAUGCCAACCAAAGCUCCCAAUCUGUUCAAGGGGAUGCUACAAGUGUGGCAACUCCAUCAAGCAGCUUCCUUUCUGUCCUAUGCCCUCUUCUCAAGUUCUUUGGUGGCGGUGAUCCUUCUCAAGAACGAAAUGAAGUUUUUGAGGUUGUGACAUCUUCGUUAUCUAGUUUUGCAAGACUUCCUUGGGGAUCGAAAUCUUUAGUCAGUAGCUCGUACAGUGAAGAACCAACAAUAAAUCCUUCACCAUACUUACAACUGUAUGAAUUUGAGGCAUGCCCCUUUUGCAGGAGAGUUCGAGAGGCAAUGACUGAGCUAGAUCUUUCUGCUGAGGUAUUUCCUUGCCCUAAAGGAUCCUUGAGACAUAGAACUAUAGUCCGUGAGAUUGGCGGGAAGGAGCAGUUUCCUUUCAUGAUUGACUUAAACACUGGUGUCUCAUUGUACGAAAGCGGGGAUAUUGUUAAGUACCUUUUCCAGCGGUAUGGUCAAGGAAGACAACCAUCUUCUGGGCUCUUAGAGAGCACAUUAUUAACAGGAUGGGUACCGACUCUUCUCCGAGCAGGCAGAGGGAUGACAAUUUGGGACCGAGCAGCAAAGAAGCUGCCUGAACAAAAGAUAGAACUUUUCUCAUAUGAAAAUAAUCCAUAUGCUAGGAUAGUUCGUGAAGCACUCUGCGAACUCGAACUUCCUUACAUUGUCCAUAAUGUGGGACAAGGGUCGGCUAAAUCUGAAUUGCUCAUCAGGUUAUCAAGUUCGAAAGAGGUGCCGUAUCUUGUGGACCCAAACACGGGUGUUCGGAUGGGAGACUAUAAGAGGAUUUUAUCAGUAUUUAUUUCAGGAAUAUUCUGAUAAGUAGUUUGUUUAAGCUGAUAAAUGUACAUAUUUUCUUCUCUGUUAUUUUAUAACAUCAAAACACCAAGGUUUUAUAUAUCAAACUAAUUCUGCAUUUGUAUCACAUAAAAGCUCAGUGGCAAAUCAUUCUUACAUUUGAUAAUUCAAGAAGACUGAAAAGAUACAAACUCAAGACC